AAUCGAGCCGAGAAGAUCAACAUCAGUUGUUCAACAAAUGUAGCAAUUUUCAAUUAGCAAAUUACGCUAUUUGAGUGAAUUAAAUAUUAACAAACCACUUUGCUCAAACCAACUCGCAGGUUCGAUGAUGAUAUGAUGGAGGCCCUGUUCGGCUACGUCGCCACCAACCGCAAACCACCAAAUUCCAACGCCGGCGACACCUCAGCCGUCUCCAAAACAGGCUCUGCCGUCAUCAUUCCCAACAAUCCCGCUCAAGUCCGCCUCCUCGACCCCCGCAAGUCGCAGAACAUCGCGAUCGUCCUUCGGACAAUCGCCGUCAGCCGUCAGGAGAUCCUCGACGGCCUCCAGGACGGCCAGUCUCUCGCCGCCGACACACUCGACAAGCUCUCCCGCAUCUCCCUCACUCCCGAGGAGGUAUCCCUAAUCAUUUCCUUCACCGGCAACCCGUCUCACCUUGCCGAUGCAGACUCCUUCCUCUUCCACAUCCUCCGCGCGGUCCCCACAGCCUUUCCCCGCAUCUCCGCCUUCCAUUUCCGCCGAUCCAUCUACGAACCGGAAAUCCUUCACCUCAGGCAAUCUUUGCAAACCCUCGAUCUCGCCUGCAACGAGCUCCGUACACGGGAUCUAUUCCUCAAGCUCCUUGAAGCCAUUCUUAAGGCCGGGAACAGGAUGAAUGCCGGCACGGCCCGGGGAAACGCGCAGGCUUUUGAUCUCACCGCCCUCCGUAAGCUCUCCGACGUGAAGAGCACGGAUGGGAAAACAACUCUGCUCCACUUCGUCGUUGAGGAGGUUGUACGGUCCGAAGGAAAACGAUGCACCGCCGUCAAUCGAAGCUCCAGUAUUCUGCGAUCCGCAAGCCGGAAUUUUAGGAGCGGGGAGGAUCCAGAAGCACAUCGGCAGGCGAGGGAGGAGAGGGAACGGGAGUAUAUGAUGUUAGGUCUACCGAUCGUUGGUGGACUCAGUGCGGAUUUCACUAAUGUGAAGAAGGCAGCUGGGAUCGACCACGAUGCCGUCGCAGGCGGCUGUGAAUCCCUAACGGCUCGAGUUGCGGAGAUCUGGCAAUUGAUGAAGAGUUGGAAGGAGGAAGAAGGAGAAUUUAUGAAAGAAAUGACGAGGUUUCUGGAGGCGGCUGUGGAAGAGAUUGAAAAGGUUAAGGAGGAGAAGAAGAGUGUGAUGGAUAAGGUGCGGAGGACUAUUGAGUAUUAUCAGCCUGCGGCGUCCAAGGACAAUGCUGCGAAGCCGCUUCAGCUGUUUGUUAUAGUGAGAGAUUUCUUAGGAAUGGUGGAUCAGGCUUGUGUUGAUAUUACAAGGAACCUGCAGAAGAAGAAGCAGCUGCAGCAGCAGAAAACCCUGACGCCGCCGCCGCCACGACCGAUGGAAGAAACGCCGGAAAGAUUACCAGAGUUAAAACUGGCGUCGGUGAAGGAGGAGAGAAUUACUGCCAGGUUUCCAAACUUGCCAGUUCGGUUCUUGUCGGAUAAUUCAUUGUCGGGUUCUGAUUCGGAGGAAGAAGAAGAUGGGUUUUCCUUUGAGCAGAUACAUGUUUAGGCCAAGCAUGAAAUCUCCGCAAAUUUGUGGGAACAUCAUAAUAAUUAAAUUGACUUCAAAAAUUUUGAUUAGAAAAA